AUGCGCACAGCGCGCCGAGCGGGGCGGGAGGGAGCGGCGGGUCCCAGGCGCGUCCGCCCUGCGCGUGCGCAGACGAUAAACCAACGCCCGGGGAUCGAGGCGCGGGUUUGGUGGCGCGUUUAGAGGAGUCGCACGUGAAGGGCAGCCGUGGCCGGAGGCGACCCGUCAUGGCAGGUUCAGGCAGCACGUGGCCCUCGCGCAAGCAGCUGUUCAAGGCCCUCCUGCUGGUCCUCGUGGCCCUCGUCCUCCUCCACUCAGCGUCGUCCGAGCCCUCCCAGGACUUCGUGCCGCCCGGCAGGCAGAAGAGGGAGGUCCCCGCUGACCUCCUGAGCCAGAUGGGCCGGGCCGUGCGGGGGACGCUGGAUGCCUGGAUCGGGCCGGAGACCAUGCACCUGGUCUCUGAGACCACGGCUCAGGUGCUGGGGACCAUCUCCUCCUGCCUCUCCGUGGGCUUCUUCGCUCUGUCGGGCAUCGCCGCCCAGCUGCUGAACGCCUUGGGGCUGGAUGGAGAACACCUCACCCAGGUCCUGCAGCUCAGCCCCAGCCAGGUGCAGACCUUCCUGCUGUGGGGCGCGGGCGCCCUGGUGGCCUACUGGCUGCUGUCCCUGCUCCUGGGCCUGCUCUUGGCCUUGCUGGGGCGGAUCCUGUGGGGCCUGAAGCUGGUGGUCUUCCUGGUCGGCUUUGUGGCCCUGGUGCGGUCGGUGCCCGACCCGUCCACCCGGGCCCUGCUCCUCCUGGGCUUGCUGACCCUCUACGCUCUGCUGAGCCGGCUCACGGGCAGCCGGGCCUCGGGGGUCCAGCUGGAGGCCAAGGUCCGAGCGCUGGAGCGCCAGGUGGAGGAGAUGCGCUGGCGGCAGAGGCGAGCGGUCAAGGGCACCCGGGGCCUGGAGGAGGAGUGAGAAGGACGCCGGCACCUUCGUCGUCUUCGUACCAAAGAGCUGAGCUGCUUCUGGGCCGCUGGCCCUCCUUCCAGCCCCUGCCCCCCGCUGGCCCUGUCUCUGGACCCUCCGGACUCUUACCUCUGCCCCAGCCCCCCAGCUGAGCGGGAGGGAGCCCCGUCCCCUGCUGGUCCUCUGACCCCUUCUCUGCCCCCAGCCGUCUCCGCAGGGCGGCUUGGAAGCCCCCCUUACCCCCCAGCUCGUGCUUCUGCUCUCCGAGCAUCACUGCCGUCGGCCUCCUGCGACUCUGCCGCCCCCUCGCCUUCCUGCUGCUGCUCUUGCUCUCCCGUCCUCUUCUCCUUUGCCGAGUUCCAGCUCCCUCCCUGUUCGUCUCCUCCCCGCCCUGCGCCCCAGCCCCCCACUGUCCUUCAAGGCCGGCUCCUUUCCCUUCUGAGGGGAAGGGAGGUGGGGACCUUGCCCCGUGGGGCUGGGGGUGAGAGGGACCUUGAGUCUGUUACAAGUGCCUUAAUCCGAGCCAGCGGGCCCUGCGCUUGCCUGCUGCCCUAUGCGUGCCGUGGGCCCCGUGUGUGCUGUGGGCCCCAUGCUUGCCCGCUGCCCUACUGUGUGUAGGAGAGUGUGCUGUGGUUGCUUUGUGUCCAGUAGAGAGUGGAUCCUCAGGAGCCCGAUUCCCCUCCAGCCGAAGCAGAGGCUGGCUGCCCCGUUGGGUGCUUGCAAGCAGGCCCAGUGGGGGUUUCAGGGACCUGAGGACAAAAGGACUUGUCUGCGGAGCUCAGGAAGCCUCCAUCUCUCUCCACUCCCGCCACCGCCCCAGAGGCUGCUGAUCAGGCCACUCCCAGGGCCUGGGAGGGUCACGGAGCAGACACUCCGAGAUGGCCCCCCCUUCCCUUCACAUGCUCUGCGGGGGGCAGGGGAGUCUGCAGACCCCUCUCUGCCGGGCGCUUCUCCCCUGAGGCUCCGGUGGGUGGGCACCCUCCUCUGCCCGCCGGGCAUGUGACACGUGACGUGGAGUGACCACGUGCCAGCUCUUACUGUCAAGGUUUGAGGAGGAAUCACGGCUGGAGUGAUACGUGUUUUUAUCAGCACUUGGUGGUUUUAAAUAAAGUGCACGCAGUGUCAUUGCCUGGUGCCGCCUACAUGCA